AUGAAAUGUCUGGUGGACAGCAUGGCCCGCGAUUGGAACACAGCAUCGGACGAUAGCGAACAUGAAACAAUGAUAGUGAUCGCGAGGCUCACUAAGAGGAUUAUAGGAAGGAGCAUUAUGCUUAUGCUGUUUGUACUCUUUUCUUUCCUGGUUCUAUAUAUAUAUUCUGCAAAAUUCAGGAGUAAUAAACUUUUCUUCUAUGGUUACUACUUUUAUAACGUCAGCAUCAGCCCAAACUACGAACUGACAAUGCUUGCUCAAUUGUUGAGUAUUAUUUAUUCAUCCAUCGGCUAUACAGUUGUGGACAAUUUUGUGGUCAUGUUAAUUCUACACGUCUGUGCACAGCUUAUGAAUUUGAGGAACCAAUUGAAGAAGUUUCAGGGGUACGAUAAGCAAGAGUUGGAGAUGAAGUUGAAGAAGAUCGUUCGGAAGCACAUAUAUCUGAACAGGUUCGUAAAAACGGUAGAGAAUUGUUGCAACGUGAUGCUUUUGAUCCAGAUGCUCGGAUGCACCUUUCAGAUGUGCUUCCAGUUUUUAAUGGUUAUCAUGUCGCUUAAAGAUGUAACGAACGAAUGCUUCUUUCUCCAAAUCUUCUUUAUGUCAGGAUAUCUUAUAUACGUGAUGCUGCAGUUGUACAUGUAUUGUUACGUGGGCGAGAAACUUUCGGUCGAGAGUACUGAGUUGGCCAAUGCCGCAUACGAUUCUGAAUGGUACAAUUUAUCCCCUAGAAGUGCAAAGUUGCUAAUAAUUAUCAUAUGCAGAGCCAGGACACCGUUAACUAUAACAGCAGGCAGAUUUUGUUCUUUUUCCAUGCAGCUAUUCUCUCAGGUUCUAAAAACCUCGAUGCAAUAUAUUUCCGUUCUAUGUACAAUUAACAUGGAUUACAAGAAUUAA